AUGCCAACAGGUGGUGGUAAAAGUUUGUGUUAUCAAUUGCCAGCUAUUAUUGGCAAAGGAAUAACAAUAGUUGUUUCCCCGUUGAUUGCAUUAAUGGAGGAUCAAUUGCACGGUUUACAUGCAAAAAAAAUUAAUGCCAUGAUGUUAAGUGCCAAAGCGGGAAAAGAAAAUACAAAUAAAAUUAUGACUGCUCUCAUAGAUUCAAAAUCGAAUUUAAAAUUAAUUUACGUAACUCCAGAAUAUAUGUCAAAAUCAAAUAGAUUUAUGAGUAAAUUACAAAAGGCUUAUGAAAUGGAACGUCUCGAUAGAUUUGCAAUUGAUGAGGUACAUUGCUGUAGUCAAUGGGGUCACGAUUUUAGACCAGAUUAUAAAUUCUUAGGAAUUUUAAAAUCAAUGUUCCCUACUGUUCCUCUACUUGGACUCACUGCAACAGCACCGGCGAAAAUAAUUAUUGAUGUUCAAAAAAUGCUUGAAAUUAAAGGAUGUUUAAUACUACGUUCCUCUUUUAAUCGACCAAAUUUAUUUUAUGAAGUUCGAAGGAAACCAACGGAGAAAGAUGCGUGUCUUGGAAUGAUUGAAAAUUUAUUAAAAAAUAGAUUCGAAGGCAAAAGUGGAAUAAUUUACACAACUACAAUAAAAGACGCGGAACAGUUAACAACAGACUUGAGAGCUCGAGGAUUAAAAGUUGGUUGCUAUCAUGCAAUUCUCGAACCGGAAUUCAGAACAAAAGUUUAUUCAAAAUGGAUAAAUGGCGAAUAUCAAGCAGUGGUGGCAACAAUUGCUUUUGGUCUAGGAAUCGACAAACCUGACGUUCGAUUCGUCAUUCAUCAUUGCCUUUCGAAAUCAAUGGAGAGUUUUUAUCAAGAAAGUGGACGUGCUGGCCGCGAUGGGAAAAGAUCCCACUGUAUUGUUUUCUUUAAAUUAAGUGACGUUUUUAAAUUAAGCCCAAUGGUAUUUCAAGAUAAAGUGGGUCUUGAGAAUUUAUACAAAAUGUUAGCCUAUUGUCUCAAUCAAUCAUCAUGUCGAAGAAGUUUAAUUGCAACUCAUUUCGAGGAGAAAUGGACCGAAAAAGAUUGUGACGAAAUGUGUGAUCAUUGUAAAAAACCAAGGGAAAAACAAGUAAUUGACGUGUGUACUUAUUGUUCAUAUCUUUAUCAAAUUAUGAUGAAUGCAGCGCAAUCGGAAACAAGACUCACACCAUUGAAAUUAAUUGAUUCAUGGUUUAAUAAGGGACCAGUGGCAUUACGAGUUUCAAGUAUUCCAACUCCAAAAUUUUCCCGUGAAUUUGGAGAAGCAAUUAUAGGUCAUUUAUUAAUGCUUGGCUAUUUACAAGAAGAUUUUCAUUUCUCUGCCUAUUCAACAAUCACGUAUAUUAAACGUGGACCAAAAGCAGCAUUGGUACUUGGUAAAGAACACAAGAUUCCAUUUGAAUAUGAAAAAUGUUGA